CAAGAGGGGAUGUGAACUUUGGAGCUCCCAGCUUUUCUGCUUCUGUUUCUACCAGCCCUCUCCCCAAGUCCUCAGAGGGGCUUGGCAUGCUAUUAGAAAAGUCAAAAAAAGACAGAUAAAGAACAAAUAUUACAAGACUAAAAAGAAUAUAUUUAUAGGCCAUAUUUGGCCUAUGAUCCAACACCUGGGAUAGAAUUACCCUAAAUGUGAGAAAAUUAUGAUCUUGGAGACAUCUGAGGUUUCAUGGGGACUUUCCAACAUUCCAGACAGCGGCCCUGCAAUGAAGCUCUGAGUCAUGGUCUUUGGGCCUAAGGUACUGUCAACAAUAUGGAAACCCAGGACAGCCAACCUCAUUCUAAGUCUUCACUCUAAGCAAAAGCCCAGAGUGAAUCUGGCCUCAAAUCAGAGCAAGCUCUAGAGAAAACCUUCUUUGUUAAUGGAAAGAGAAAAGAAGGAAAGGAUUUCCAACGAAUUGCAACAAACUUUCCACCACUCAAAGGAACCUACCUUCCUCAUCAACCAAGGCAUCCUAUUGAGUGACACCCAUUUUAGCCUUUUGCCAGAAGCAGAGUGUGUCAAUCCUAGGGAAAAAAUAAAGACAAAUGCUCAGAAGAGUAGACCUGGAACAGUGAUACUAUCAAAACGGCCAAUUAGGAGCACAAUGUCGGAAAACCAGCUGAGCCUCCCUGUGAUCCCAUCCCGCAGGCCUGGAUUCCGGGUCUGCUACAUUUGUGGCCGAGAAUUUGGGUCCCAAUCACUAGCCAUUCAUGAACCCCAGUGCUUGGAGAAGUGGCGUAUUGAAAACAGCAAGUUGCCCAAGCACCUGAGGAGGCCAGAACCCUCCAAACCUCAGCCUCUCGGUGGCAGUGGGUCCUACAGUCUUACAGCAGAAAAUGAGGCAGCAUUUCAGAGUGCCCAGGCUCAGUUGCUGCCCUGUGAGUUUUGUGGCCGCACCUUCCUGCCAGAUCGUCUCCUUGUUCACCAGAGAAGCUGCAAGCCAAAGGGUGAAGGUCCCAGAGUACCAAACCCCAACAAUUCUGAUGAUCUUCCCAGCCCCAAGAAAACUUCUAGUGGUAUCCCAGCCCGACCAAGGACUCUCAUCUGCUACAUUUGUGGUAGGGAAUUUGGCACACUCUCUCUUCCUAUUCAUGAGCCCAAAUGCCUGGAAAAGUGGAAAGCAGAAAACGACAGGCUUCCUAAGGAGCUCCGCCUGCCACUCCCACAGAAGCCUCAGCCCCUUCCAACUGGAUGGCCCAGCCAAGAGGAGUCAAGUCAAGCUCAACUUGUGCCCUGCCCAAACUGUAAACGGACUUUUGCCCCAGAUCGCCUUCUGGUGCACCAGAAGAGUUGCAAAGCUCAAUCCAAUGGAUCACAAGUUCAGAAUUUGACCUUAGGAAGUAAAGAUGGCCUAAAUGCAUCCACUAAUUCCAAGCAUCAAAAGAACAUGGCAGCACCCAGUGUGACUGAUAAGCCAACAAUGAUAAAGUGUCCACGAACAGUUGUUUGUUAUAUUUGUGGUCGUGAAUAUGGAACCAAAUCUAUUAGCAUCCAUGAGCCACAAUGCCUGAAAAAGUGGCAUAAUGAAAACAACUUGUUGCCUAAAGAGCUAAGGAGACCAGAACCAAAGAAACCAGAAAUCAGGACCAUUACUGCCAAAGGUUUCUAUGAUCUCGAUGCUUUAAAUGAAGCUGCUUGGACAAGUGCCCAGAGCCAGUUGGUUCCCUGCAAUAUAUGUGGGCGUACCUUCCUGCCAGACAGACUGAUUGUUCACCAGCGAUCUUGUAAACCCAAAGCUGCCAAGUAAAGCCCUUUUCUCUCCACUGGAGUGUUACAGGAAUUAAUCCCUUUGAACCAAACUGGGCUAGAGUGGGAAGGAGAAAAAGGAGGUGAAAAGAGGAAACACAGAAAACUGGAGUUGACUAAAUGCUGGCCCAGCCUGGGAGGCCCAGCCUUUGGUGUGAGAGUGUUUGACCACCAUUAUGGGAUGGGGCGAGUGCUUUGGCUUUAACAAGCAGCUGCAUGUGCUUACGUACACUGGGGACCGUUUCACACUUUUGUCAGGCAGAAUUACAAGCGAGCUGUUUUUUAUCAGAGCUGCAGUUUUUAUCUAAAGGAAAUUUCUGAGCCCAUCGUUGCUAUUUUUCCUGCAUUCUACUUUCCUGAACAAGAUUUUGAACUUCACAAUUAGGAUGAUUGUUAAGCCAACAGAGGUUUUGAGGGCAACUGGAGGCAAUUCCUUCAGUCCCAGCAAGAACUGGAUUCCUUCCUAUCCCUAUGCCUUCUGAUCCAGGGACAUUUUGACAUCGAGCUAUUGGUUGGGAAGUUUCUUUUUUCCUUGAAAUCCUUCAAGACAGACAUUUUCAAAAAGCGCUGAGGACUUAAAGUACAGGGACCGUAUCUAACUCACAUUCCCUUGAUAAUGGCAAGGAAUGCUUUGGAGAUUUCCUAGCCAGUGCCACCCUCGUUGGCAGGAGAUGCUGCAGUACAAUUCAUCACAAUGGGUGGAAGCCAGCUCCUGCCUCCUAUAGAAGAUAAGUCUAGCAAGAGCUCUUUAUGCCCUCAUAGGGGUUUAUAGGUGUUUCAUUGUUGAGGUCUAAAAGUCUGCCAGGAAAUUUUAGGCCUCCCCACCCAAGUCCCAUGCACAGUAAUUGGGUUGUGAAAGUGCUCUGUAUUUUACAGCUCUUGAAUGUGUAUUCAUCCAGGCAGGGCUGUCCUGGGAGAAGGCCAGGGCCAGGGAGGUGCUCUGUCCAGGAAAUGCUGCUCCCCCAGGCAGCAUGGCAUGGCAUGGACUCCCAGCAGUCUUGCUUAAGAUCUUUGUUCAUUUUAUGGCUGAGUUUCAGGGCCAUUCUGGAUCCACUGGGUUCUUGCAAGCCUUGCAUCCAUGACUUUACACAGCACAAUCAGCUCCAAAUUAUACAGGCAAAUUCAUUCAACCUAAUAUUUUGGUCAUACAUCUACUUAUUAUACAGGGUUGGGUUAGGAUAAUUGUGCUAAUUGUUCUGUUUUUCCUGCCUGCUCCAAAGGAAGCAAGAAACAAACUUUUUAAAAACUCUGUAGAUACCCUGGAUUGAGAAUCUUGUAAAAGAUAUGGCACUAUUUCUUUUAUCUUGACUAAAAUGAUGAAAGAAUUUAACAUAUACUGAGGGUCUAUGGAUUGGGCAGUGGGCUAAGUAUUUUGUGUAUAUCAGCUUAUAUACAUCUUACUUGAGCCCUACAAGUAGAUAUCAUCAUCCUUAUUUUACAGAUAAGGAACUGAUGCUUAGACUAAACAGCUGACUCAAGGUCACACGGAGCUUGAGUUAUAGGAUAGAUUAGGGAACAAAUUUAGGACUCUCCGGCUUCUGAGUUUACAAUCAUAUCUGUCUUUGUUUAUGCCUGGUGGCAUUAUUAAUAUGAUUAGCCAUAAUAACAGAAGAUCAGACAAAGGUAAAAAUUCUUGCACAAUGUCUAGUAACUAAAAAAAAAAAUGGAAAUCUUGGGAUAUUUAUUGUUCUGCUGCUGGUCUGUGUUUAUCUUAGACAGGUAACAAUGAGUUAGACCUGCAUUUGUGUUAGGGGUUUCAAAAGAUAUUUCUGUGUGUUGCUGAUAUUUCAGAAAUUAAAUAUCAGGGGAGAUAAAGCAAAAGUUCUGCCCACAACUUUGAACUGAAUGGCCACUCAGAGCCUUAAAGAUAUUCAUGGGUAUGAUAAAUCAAACAACAGUGUUUUUAUCUAUAUGAAUGAAGUCUUGUGUUGUGUCAACAACACAAAUGAAGUAUUGUUGUGAAGUGGCUGAAAAGAACAGGCUCCAUGAAUUGUUCAUCCUCAGAGAACACUGAGCCCGCUUGAGAUACAUCAAGGUGCUCUCUGUGGGGUUUCAUGUAUGGUUCCACCUCAUCUAAGCUACAGAUGUUCCAUGGAAUUAAAUCUGGAGCAAGCAUAGUUACAAUGACCUCAAUUCAAGAGUUCUGGUCCAUUUUCAACACAAGUCAUCAAAGUCUUAACAUUAAUAGGAAAGAGCUCACCUGAUCUCUACCAACUGCCCUCUCCCAAUGAGUUGACAUCUGCAAAGAUCUUUAUAAUUUUAAAAAUAGUUCUUUAACAAUGGUUAGCACCUCCAUGAGCCAUGAAUUUAACCUUGAAAGAGUUCCUGAAGAUAUUCCCCAAUAUGAUGAAGAGCAGAUAUUAGAUGAAGGUAUUUGGAACUCUGAGCUAACCCAGGUGACUACUGGUGUGGGAUUAAUGUUAUUACAGGCAUCAACAAUGAUGCAAUUCCCUCCUCACUCCGUUACCUAGCACUGACAAAUUUUAAUUGAAUUCUUCUGUAGCUGAGGUCACAGAAAGAAUUCCAGAAUUUGUUUUUCUUUUUCUUUUGGAGAGGGAGUGAGUACCAGGGAUUGAACUCAGGAGCACUCAACCACUGAGCCACAUCCUUAGCCCUUUUUUGUAUUUUUUUUUUUUUUUUUUUAGACACAGGGUCUCACUGAAUUGCUUAGUGCCUGGCUUUUGCUGAGUCUGGCUUUGAACUCUCGAUCCUGCCUCAGCCUCCCGAGCUGUUGCCCUGCCUGGUCAGAUGGUACUCAUUUGCACCUUGAAUUCACAUCAAAACUUCAGGACAUGUCCUAUUAGAAGGGGACUAAAUAAGCACAACCUUGUGGGGGGGAUAUAAAUGGGAAAUUUUAUACUAUGUGCAAGCACAAGUCCUUCAGAUCCAUCACAGAAGGCUAUUCAGGUCCCAUCAUAGUAUUUAUCAUUAUUAUUAUUUACAAAUGGGGUCUUAAGGAUGGUUCCCUGUUGAACUGCUUUGGCUUGGGGUAUACUGGUCUGAGUUCCUUUAUUGAAAUAAAAAUUGCUAUUGACAAUCAGAGCCAUUUGUGAGCAAGGAAUAGAUAAAAAGCAGACAUCCAAAGACCUCUAUCCCCUGAAAACUGCCUUUGGUCUUUCUGUACUUGUCUUCUACUAAUAUUUGCAGUAUUUUUUUAAUACUCCUGACUGAAACUAAUUCACAUGGCUUGAAUCCCAUAUCACGUCAGGGCAGGAAGUUCAGCCCUUUCCUUCCCGAGUCCUGAGAGGUCCUUUCCCUCCUCUGGCAGUGGUCCACCUUCCCUUAUCACUAAGCUUGGUUCUGCUAGCCCUGCCUGCUCUCUGUGGCGAGAAAUAGAAAACGAGAUUUUUCUGCACUUGGAAGAAACAACACAAAUGAAAAGCAGUCAAGUUUCCAGCAGAGGCCAAUUGGGUCAUGAAGAGAGAAUAUACAUGAGAAAAAAGCACUGUUAUCAUAGGAUGGUACACUUUUAUCCUUGUUCUUUUAAAAUUGUAUUACAAAAAAAUAUUCAAAUUCCAGUGUAAUGAAGUCUCAUGCUCUCCACAUCCAGGUAAACUUAGUUUUGACAUCCCACUAAGGUUGAAUUUGAAUGGUUUCAAUUUGAGCUAUUAUUCUUUUUGGUUAAAAGGAGAAGGGUGUUCAGGGAGAGGAGCUGGAAGCCCAAAAUUCCACAAAAUCUCUGACAAUGCCUUUCAGUCCUACUUAGUGGAAAAAUAAGCUUGAAUGUGAGCUUAAAUGCCAGGGUAAUUGAGAACCGGCUGGGUAUCAUGGAGUUAAGUACCAUCAUUGAUUCACACUGAUUACCCUAUAGGUCAAGCUGUUUCAGAUGCCUCUUAGCUGAGAAUGCUAGACAAAUUAGUAGUCCCCAAAUAUGCUGAUGCUCAAUGUUAUGGUUUAGAUAUGAAGUGUCCCCCAAAAGCUCAUGUAUGAGACAAUGCAAGAAAGUUUAGAGAUUAAAUGAUUGGGAUAUGAGAGCCUUAACCUAAUAAAUGCACUAAUCCACUAAUAGGGAUUAACUAGGUGGUAACUGUAGGCAGGUAAGGUGUGACUGGAGGAGGUGAGUCACUAGGGACAUGUUUUUGAGAUAUGUAUUUUGUCCCUGGUGAGCAAGAGCUCUAAUUCCUUAAUGCCAUGUCCUGAGCUGCUUUUUCUCUUUCAAACUCUUCUACCUUGAUGUUUUGCUUCAUCUUGGACCCAGAGCAAUGAAGUUAGCCAUCUAAGGACUGAGACCUCUGAAACCAUGAGACCCAAAUAGACUUUUCCUUCUCUAAAAUUAUUCCUGUCAGGUCUUUUGGUCACAGUGGCAAAAUAGAUAGAUAGAUAGAUAGAUAGAUAGAUAGAUGAUAGAGGCUAUUCAGAUGUGAUUAAGAUUAUAGACCUUGGAAUUGAAAGAUAAUCCUGGAUUAUCCUGGUAGGACCAUUCUAAUCACUUGGAUCCUUAAAUGCAGAAGAGGAAGAAGGCAGUAAGGUAGGUAAGAGAGAUGGUAGCAUAAGAAGAAUUUAACGAUCCAUUGUUGGUUCUGAGAUGAAGGGAACCAUAUAUAAGGGCCAAAAGAUAACUGUAGGGACUAAGGGCAGCCCCCAGAUGAUAGCCAGCAAAGAAACCGGGGCCUCAGUCCCACAAAUGCACAGAAUCAAAUUCUCCAAAUGACAUGAAAUGGAGCAAGGAAAUGGAGCCUGCCACCCACCCAAAUCUCCAGAAAUGAAUUCAGUCUUGCCAACACCAUGUUCUUAUCAGGUAAGUCCAAAGUUGAACUUCUAACCAUACAGAACUGUAAGAAAAUCUCUGCUGUUUGAGUCACAAAGUUUGUAGUAAUCAUCAACGGCAACAACUGACAACUAACACAAAAUAUAGAUAUGUGACACAUGGUAGAACCAAUAAAAUCUGUUCAUCAGAGAAGUAGAGCUCUUGAAUCCAGGAGGGACACUGUCCACCUCCAUUGUUUUAGUGAGAGGACAACUAGACAACACUCAUUAGGGCAAAUAGCCUAUGAAAACUCGAUCCAGGAUUUCAUACCCUUGGAUAUAUCAUCAUUUUGCAAUACAUGUAAAUUCUGGAUGACAAUUUUUAAUGUUUUAAAGGAAAAUACUGCCUUUUAUAUUUUCUGUCAUAUGUAUGUGCUUGUUCUAAAAAUAACAAUAAAUGGACAAAUGCA